CCUUGCAGGCUUACACCAUAUUGUAACAAGGACAUUUUCUUACGACCCAAGAGGAUCUUUGUGGUCACUAUUGAUUGCAUGAUUGUGGUUAGGACUUUGAAGGAUUUGGACAAUGAUAUUUAUAGCAAACACUCUAAUGUACUAUCAUAUAAUGUAUAUACAUGUGUAAGUGUACAUGUAGAUGAAAUGGAUUAGUUUUUCCUUGUACACCAGAACACCAGGAAGUAUUCAGUUGUCAGUUGGAGGUAUUGUAUUGUGCUGGUGUGUCCUUUGGAAUCUGUACUUUAUGUGAUCAGCUGUCAGAAAGAUCAUCUGGAUUUUUUUUCUGUGAUGAGUCGAAAAUACAAAUCUAGAGAAUUGCCACCAUUACCUAGUCAAGAAAGGCCAUCUGUCCGACCAGCUCAGGAUGGACCUGCAGGUGAGGUCCCAAUAGCUUCAGGCAGGGCAAAUGUCAUGCUAUAUGAUGAUGCCGCUAAGAAAUGGGUGGCUAGCGGCACAUCUCAAGGACUCUCCAAAGUCCAGAUCUAUCGACAUACCACAAAUAACACAUUUAGAGUUGUGGGCAGAAAGUUACAAGACCAUGAGGUGGUCAUCAAUUGUGCAAUUAUACGUGGGCUGAAAUACAAUCAAGCCACACCAACGUUUCAUCAAUGGCGAGACAACCGGCAGGUUUAUGGUUUGAACUUUGCCAAUAAAGAGGAUGCAGAAUGCUUUGCUCAAGCCAUGGCCACUGCUUUAGAUACGAUCAAUAAUGCAGGUAGACCUGGUCCCCCUGUAAUGCCACCCCCAGGGGUACCAAUCCAGCCCCAGCAAAAUGGACCAGACACAGGGGAUUAUCAGAGGCACCCUUCAGGAGGAGCACCCCCUCCUUCUCAGUACAGCCAUGCACAACCAAUGGAGCAGGCACAAUCAAACAUUCCACCACAGGUGCCAUCUCAACCACAGGCACCACCAGGACCCCCACCUGCUCCCUCAGCCCCUGCUGCACCACCAGCCCCAGCAGCUCCCCCUGCACCACCAGCCCCAGCAGCUCCCCCUGCACCACCAGCUCCAGGAGCUCCUCCUCCUCCAGGGGCACCACCGCCCCCUGCAUCUGGACCCCCCAAGGCUCCUAGUGGAGGUGGUGGAGGAUUAGCUGCUGCUUUACAAUCUGCAAAAUUAAAGAAAGCACCUAAUGAAGAAAGUAGUGGUGGCAGCAGUAGCAGUGGUGGUGGUGGUAGUGGAGGUGGAGGAGGAGGGGGAGGUGACUUUAUGAGUGACCUCGCCAAAAAACUAGCCAUGAGGAAGAAAGCCUCUCAGAAUGAUUUGCAGAGUGAGGGAUCCACUCCCCCAGAAGACAGAAGUAAGCGAGGGGGAUCCCAUCCUCCACCACCUGCCCCAGCCAAGAUAAUGAAUGGAAACACAAGUUCACCCACUCCAGUGAGAAAACGCCAGCCUUCAUUAACGGGCCAGGAAGUCACCUCCUCCUCCCCAGCAGUGACCAGUAAUGGGCCGAGUGACAUGGAAUCUCUUAAACAAGAAAUCCUCACAGAAAUGAGACAAGAAAUGAACAAAAUGAAGUCAGAAAUCAUUGCUGCCAUACAACAAGCAAUGAAUGCUAGAUAGAAAACAGUAUAAUGCUGUCUAUUAUGAGCAAAUGGAUGUGUGUCUGAGUAUGCAGGGCAAGAGAGAAAUAAGAAUAGAAUGGAGACCAAAUUAUAUUCUUUGGUGCUGUAUUCUGACCAAUGAGUGGAAUUAUUGACUGGUUCCAAACCAGAUAAACCACAUUUGAUUGGAGGCAUUGUUAACCCUGUGAUGUGUGAUCUGCUAUCUGCUGCUGGUGUUACAACAGAAUUUUGUGGAAUUCAACACAGACAUUUUCUCUUUUCCUUGGUUAUUUUAACUAAAACUGCAUCGGUGUCUACCCACAUUUCAUUUUGAAGGGAGCCAAAACGAAGUUUUGUCAAUCAAAUAGGUGGCUAUUUCAUUGGCCAAUUUUGUAAUCAUUUUAUCUGAAAAACAAAACUUGAAACUUGUGCAAUGAUCCAUGAAUGUAUUUAGUUUCUGUGUAUGUGUACAAGUUAAUAUGAAAUGUUGAAAAUAGUUACCAGUUGUUAUGGCAACUUUUUUGUACUGUAGUACCACAGUAUAAUAAUACAUGCAUAACUAUUGAAUUGUUAUGAAACCAUGAAAUUUCAUUCUUUCAGUAAUGCAGUUGUUUUGCUGGCUUGAUAAAUGGGAUAUAGAAUAGUCCUGAUUAUUUGAGUACUUUUUUAUUGUUUACAUCUUCAUGAUUUAUUUUUUAAUACUGAUUUAAAUUAUUAGUUAUUUAUACCCAAGUUACUGCUUUAUAUUUGCUAACCAUAGUUUUACAAUUAAUAAUACUUCUGUAAGAUUUUGUGUGAACACAGAUAUUUGGUCAUUACAAAUCAUGCAUUCUACUCCAGAAACAAGUAGUGAACAUAUAUAUUUUCUUUAUCAAGGCUUUAUACAGUGUAUAUAGAUUCUUAUGAUUGUGGAUUCAGUAAAACUAUUCACAAAAUGAUCAUGUUUAAAAUUGUUUUCAAAGUUGAUGAAUACAUUUGAGGAAGAUUUCAAGAAAACUCCGUGAGAUAAGGGAUAUGAAUAUACAUGUAUCAUUCUCAAAUAAUUUUCAAGCCAACUCCGCAAUUUUAUGAUGUGGGUUAUACUGUACGAAUGUUGCUUCUUCAACAAAGUUUGAAUCAUGGUGUAGCAGUUAUUUUUUUCUCUUUUUUAUGUAGAAGCAGAGAAUGUGCUUAAACCGAAUGUUUUUUGCAGCUACAAAUCAUUACAUCAAAAGAUGGUCUUAUUUAGGAGUAUUUUAAUUGAAAAUAUGACCCAAAAUUUAUCUUUGGUUCCCACUUAAUGUGUGUGAAGCUGAUUUCUCUUUGCUCAAAACCCACAUAAAGGUGUAUGCCUGAUUUUAUUGGAUCUCAAGAACAGCAUACAUGUUUGUAUUGUGCAAUGUAGACCAGUAGUGCUCAAGUAGAAUUGGUUUAUAUAGAUCAAUCCUUCAGGAAUGUAAACUUAUUGAUAUUAACAGUAUUUUUUAGUAGUAUAAUAAAAAAAACAAAUUGAAGAAAAUUGGGGUAAACGUAUUCUACAAUCCUGGUAAAGCGAAAACAGGACAGCAAGAUUUUUAGAGGUAAUGGAUUUGAAAGUAAAUAAAUGAGAAAUACACCUACAAAUACCUGAAUGCUUUUGACAUAUUGUUUGUACUCUGCUUUAACUUUUUUUUUUGCAUAAUGAGUUCUUUGUUUUUGGUAAAUCAUUUUUACCAGCUUUGCACUGUAAUUUUCUUGUAUGAUGUGGUUCUUGUUUUUUGAUAUUGGUUUCAGUCACGAAUCAUCCUUGGCAACUAAAUAUUUUGUUUAACUUUUAUCAUUUUCACAUAGUAUCUGUAGGGACCAUUAUUUAAGAAUAGAUGUUCUCUAUAUGUGACUGAAAUUCUACAUGUACCUGUUUGAGUCAUUUAUUAAAUGAUAAUAAAAACACCUUUUUUUUAUAGUGGAUAUUGAGUGUAUAAGACAAAAAAGAACCCAAAAAAGGGAAAAGAAAUGUUUUCUAGACAGGAAAAAAUAGUAGACUUUGAGAAAAAAAAAAAUUUCUGGUCUCGAGGAUGUAAAUUUAUUAAAAAAAAAAAAGUCACAGGAAUUCAGUCAAUUGCAGUGACCCGGUUCUCUUUACACAGCAUUAACAUUCUUGGAUAACACUGUACCUCUUAAAAAAUCCAGGUUCUUCCGUACAAGAUGUUAGCAUGCUAUUUAUUGAUAUGUGUUCUGUGAUGAUGGAACAGUUUUUGUGUUAUUUUUAUAGCUGCUCAGUUGAAGUGCUUAAAUUGAUAUACAUG